AUGGAAAGUAAUGGAGAUGCAACGAGCAACGGAAAUGAGUUGAAUCCAAGAUACGCUAACGGAUAUCAUCGGAGAAGCAGAACCCCGACGCCCUUAAAACAUCAAGAUAGACCUCUUGAAUCACCCAAACUAGCCAAUAAAGAUGUACGAGAUUUCAAACGACAACAACCUUCCAAAAACACAAGACGAUCAUCAGCACAAAAAAUUCCAGGCCCCAAAUCGCCUGUGCCAUGCCCACCUCUUCGAGUCCUUCAGAUGGCUCAAGCAUGGGACGGCACCGGCCCACAUCCAUUCCCGUCAGGUAGUUCUCGUGAGCGACUCUUCCGGGCUGCAAACGAUUUUACUCAAGGAAUGGUGAUUGCCCGUAGGGUAUUGACUAGAAUAGUAAACGAGUCGGGAUCUGUUUCCUUGAAUGUCAGUACGGGAGGGUUGGCCAAGAUUACUUCUGCUCUGCUAUGUGAUAAGCGGUCGUUUUACUUUGGUUCGUGGGAUGAUGCAAAGGAUUUAGCAAAAGCUAUUCAAGGAGAUACUAUGAUGAAGGGCGCAAUAGGAAUGUCCGUACCUGUUGAUGAAGCAAUUAGGACUAUGAAAAAGAUGUUGAUUCAUGAAGAUUGGAAUGUUGUGAAAAUUGUGUUUGAAGCUACUGUAACGGCUUCGGUUACUCUUGGUUAUCUUAAAGUCUGGCACGACUGUAAAAGAGGCCAAGAAACGCUCAACGGGAUAGCUCUAAUCCGUCGUGCGCUUUCUUUGAUAAAGUAUGGCUGGUUCCAACUCGAUCCGCACGAAAAGAACUAUCGCGUUCGUGGCAACACAUUCAAACCGAGCUUUGAACGCUCAUGCCGUGUAUUGCUUAUUGAUGCUAUCCUUUGCGGUUAUAGCAGCACCUUGGAUAAUACGCUCUUUCCCCUAACUGACGCAUUGGCUGAAGCAGAAAAGAUUUUAGAAAAUUGCCAAACCGCGUGUAAUAAUGAAGUGUUGAAUGAAGGAUUUCAAAUGUGCACUUAUUACAAAGCCCAUUUGGCUGCUGCUUAUCGGACUAAAGCUAUCGUCGCUUACCACAAAGCGAACGAGGCAAAGAUUGGUGAAGAAGAGAGAAUAAUAUUGUUCGAUGUGGCAAUUCAAAAUUAUGCUCUUGCCGCACAAUACUUACCAUGCGAUGAUCAGGAUAAGGCCAUGCAUUUGUGGGUUAUAUCAGAAUCACUAUUCAAACGCGGUGGUACAACGGUUAUUGAAAUCAAGCGAAUAGUCGAAGAGGCUAUUUCCUGUGAGGAAGCUGCCUCUUCUGUCUUUGGAGAAUUGGGUGUUUAUACUCCUAAACUGUAUACGAUGCGUUGUUUCAAGAAUAUAAUAACACAAGGUCAAUCAUGCAACGAUGGUACAAUCCUCCCGUCCAACUGGGAUGAGCCUAAUUGGUUAGAAGACAAGGAUUUCGGACGAUUUGCUAUAAAAGCUCUUGAUGAGUAUAAGAAGGACAGAGAAGAAACUGUGAAACGAGCAAGACUAUUCGCCGCGAUUCAUAUCUGA